AUGAGUUUCAAAUGUUUGCUAAUUGUCUGCGCGUUCGUCGCAAUCGGCGUCCAAUUAAUCGAGUCGAAAAAAGCGGCGAAAAAGGCGAAGGAGGCGGAAGAGGAGGCGUCGGCGGAGGUGUCGACGACGGAGGGGGCGUCGGGUGACGAGGAGACGACGACGGAGGCGACGGAGGCGACGGAGGAGGAGGCGGAGGGCUCGAAGAAGAAGAAGAAGAAGAAAACGACGACAGAGGAGACGACGGAAGAGACGACAGAAGAGGCGACGGAAGAGACGACGGAAGAAGAGUCUGAGGAGAAGCCGAAGAAGAAAAAGAAGAAGAAGCCGACGGAAGAGGAAACGGAAACGGAGGAAGAAGUGGAUCCGAAGAAGAAGAAGAAGGCUUCGAAGAAGCCGAAGCUGAAGGCGCUGUUGGGGAAAGUGAAGGAGGGGGUGAAGAGGGGCGGUCUCGUGAAGCGAACGAUAAGCAAGAAAAGGGCGCAAAAGAGCGAAGGGAUGGACAAGAAGGCGGAAAAGGCGGCGGAAUUGGCGUCCGCGGCGAUGCUGAAGACCAUG